AAACAAGGCCAGCCCUUUCAGUGUCCUGUCUCUGAGAGGGAGAAUGGCGCAGCAAGGAAGUCAGCUGGAAAAGGACAAACUCUGCUGUUCCAUCUGUUUGGAUCCACUGAAGGAUCUGGUGACUAUUCCCUGUGGACACAGCUACUGUUUGAGCUGUAUUAAAAACUACUGGGAUGAAGAGAAUCAGAAGAGUAGUUACAGCUGUCCUCAGUGCAGACAGAGCUUUGAUCCGAGGCCUGUCCUGAUGAAAAACACCAUGUUGGCAGAUUUAGUGGAGGAAGUGAAGAAUAAGAAGACAGACGUCAAAGCGAGUCCAGUUGAUCACAGCUAUGCUGGACCUGGAGAUGUGGGAUGUGAUUUCUGCACUGGGAGAAAACUGAGAGCUCUGAAGUCCUGUCUGCAGUGUCUGGUCUCUUACUGUGAGCAGCACCUCCAGCCUCACUAUGAAUCCCCUGCCUUUGGAAAACACAAGCUGGUCGACCCCUCCAACAAGAUUCAGGAGAACAUCUGUGCUCGUCAUAAUGAGGUGAUGAAGAUUUUCUGCCACACCGAUCAGCAGUGUAUCUGUUUUCUCUGCUCCAUGGAUGAACAUAAAGGCCACGACACAGUUUCAGCUGCAGCAGAAAUGAACAUGAAGCAGGGAGAGCUCGUGGUGAGUCGGCAAAACAUCCAGCAGAGAAUCCAGAACAGAGAAAAAGAUGUGAAGCUGCUUCAGAAGGAGCUGGAGGCCAUCAAUCUCUCUGCUGAUAAAGCAGUGAGGGACAGCGAGAAGAUCUUCACAGAAGUGAAGCAGCAGAUCAGAUCUCGUCAGGAAUCUGAAGUGGCUCACCUCAACCAGCUUCAGGAGAAGCUGCAGGAGGAGAUCGCUGAGCUCAGCAGGAAAGACACCGAGCUGGAUCGACUUUCACAUACAGAGGACCACACCCAGUUUCUACAGAACUACAGCAGGUUAUCACGUCAGAGUGAAGCUACAGAUUCAUCCAGCAUCACUAUUCGUUCCCUGAGGUACACUGAGGACAUGACUGCAGCUGUGUCAGAGGUCAGAGACAAACUACAGGAGGUUGUUAGUGAGGAAUGGGCCACGAUGUCAAUAACAGAGUCCUCACAGACAGAGCCCAAGAAGAGGACCGAAUUCCUCAAAUAUUUAUGUGACAUUACAGUGGAUUGGAGAACAAAGAACAAACAUAUCAUCCAUUCCUACAAUGGGGUAGAAUUCAACUUUAAUGAAUGUGAUUGUUAUGGUCACCCAGACAGUUUCGCUGACUGGGCUCAGGUGUUGUGUGGAGAGAGUCUGACUGGAUGUUGUUACUGGGAGGUGAAGGUAGAAGGGACAGUUAUUGUAGCAGUUGCAUACAAGAGUAUUAGCCGAAAAGGAGAUGAAAGUAUACUUGGAAACAAUGACAAGUCUUGGGCAUUAGAGUGUUUAGAUGUUGGUUAUGAAUUCAGACAUAACAAAAUCAGAACAUCCAUCUCAGGUCCUCAGUCUUCCAGAGUAGGGGUGUACCUGGAUCACAGUGCAGGCGUUCUGUCCUUCUACAGCGUCUCCGAAACCAUGACUCUGCUCCACAGAGUCCACACCACGUUCACUGAGCCUAUCUGUCCUGGGUUUGGUGUGCAUCAUUACACAGACUCUGUUGGAAUCUAUCAAGAUAAAAAAAAACAACAACUCAGAACCGUAAAAUGAGAAAAACCCAAACAACAACUUUUCUUCCUCUCAGACUUUAUAUUUGGGGCUUUUUUUAGCCUUGAACGAUGGCUGAAGAUGGACAGAGUGAAGCGUGUAGUGCUGGAUGUCCAAACUUUCUUCAGCGAGGGCCACAUACAGAAAGAUAUACGGAGAGCUGGGCCACUUAUAGAGGUGAAUAUUGCCUCAUAAGUUAAGUUAUAAGUUAGCAAAACAAAUCAAAUGUAGGUAAAGAAUGCGCAAUACUUGCUUUAAGGAAAGAACAGCCUACAUCCCGUCUGUCUUUAGGGUUUCAUUUAUUUUGUUGGCAGCUCAUUCCUUAAAACAGAAGCCUCAGAUUGCUGAUAAUAAGAGUAAAUAUGAAGGUUACAUUUCAAGCUGGUUAUAGAAAUAAGUUAUUGGGGUUUUUUUUUAUAUCAACUAAGAUUAGUUAGAAAAUGUUUUAAAUUCUAAAUGACUGAAUUUAUUUAAAUUGGGCUCAUUAAUAUAUCUGAACAUAUAUAUUUGAGAAGUACAAAAUAAGACAAGCAGAAGUUUAAUUUGUGGGCCAUAUUCAUUAUACUUUCAGAAUUUGCUGAGGGCCGAUUCAAAAUGGCCACCGGGCCGUAGUUUGGACACAUUUGGUGUAGUGUUUGCAGCCAUGGUGGGUAUCACUGCUCACAAGAAGGGAGUUUUCCUCUUCUUCCUUUUAUUUCACAUUUAUUUUAUUAUUAUUUUGGGACAUUUUCCUGAAAAUAUUACAAACUAAUAUUUUAAAGAGUCAAGUAUGGGAUAUGGUAUGGGUUUGGGAUAUGUCCUUCAUGUAUGUACUAAGAUUAUAUUCUGAAAGUGGUUAUGUUAUUGUCUGUAUAUAACUGAUUUUCUAAGAGGUUAUGUGAAACCUGAUAUGUAAAUAGAAGAUCAGCUGUGUGGGAUAUCAAAAUCAUUAUCUUUGGCAAUGAAUAACUGAUCUGAAUAAAUCCAGUAUUCCUAAUAGAUUGAUAUGGAUUAUUGAAACUCUAACUUCUUCUGUUGAAUGUACGUUGUUAUUGUUGCUGUAACAAUUUCAUCUCUUUCUGUUCUUGUGCAGAUCCUCUUUGUAUCACAACAUUUAAACCAAAUAUGAAAUGAAUAAUAAAACUUUUUCUGAAUCAGUCAA